AUGGAGGCCCUGCGGAGGGCCCACGAGGCCGCGCUCCGGCUGGUGCUGUGCGGACCCUGGGCCUCGGGCGCCGCCUCCCGCCCGAAGCCCCGCGCCUCGGAGGUGCUGACGCAGCACCUGCUGCAGCGGCGCCUGCCGCACUGGACCUCCUUCUGCGUGCCCUACAGCGCCGUCCACAACGACCAGUUCGGCCUCUCGCACUUCAACUGGCCGGUGCAGGGCGCCAACUACCACGUCCUGCGCACCGGCUGCUUCCCCUUCAUCAAGUACCACUGCUCCAAGGCCCCCUGGCAGGACCUGGCCGGGCAGGACCGUUUCUUCACUGCGCUCAAGGUCGUCAACCUCGGUAUUCCAACUUUAUUAUAUGGACUUGGCUCCUGGUUAUUUGCUAGAGUCACAGAGACUGUGCAUACCAGUUAUGGACCAAUAACAGUUUAUUUUCUAAAUAAAGAAGAUGAAGGUGCCAUGUAUUGAAAGUGUGCACUGGAGAAUAUAAAUGUCAAUGAAUUUUCUCUUGUGUGUAUACAGUGCAAUAUUUAUUUUUGAACCUUUAAAAUAAAACUUUUGCAAAUACUCUUUUCUUUCUAUAGUGUCUGGUUCGUUAAGAUGAAUAAUUGCCCUCAAGAGAGGAAGCUUUUCAUACAUUGUUACAUAUAUUUCAUACUCUAUGUUUAGCCAUUAGGAACUACAAAUAUAUGAAGCCUAAUGCAAAUUUUCCUGAGAACUAAGUUAAACUACAGAUAUAAGUGAUUAUAAUAAAGUAUAUACAUUAUAUAGUUUCUAUAGUUAUUACUUUAAAUGAACUCUUUGAAGAGAAAAUACAGUUAUCCACACAAAGAAGGAAGGGGGAAAAAUAACAUUGGGGAGAAAGUCAUUUUUAGGCUUUUUAAUGGAGAAAAUAUAUCAUGGGCAAAUCCAAAAUUGAUGAGAAUUGUAAUUGCAAUCUGAAAUCUAAAUUGUUUAGCUGCCAGGAUUUUAAAUGGUAAUAUUUUAAAACCCUUUUGCUAUUUACCUGGAUAAGAGGUUUGAUGUAAUGUGGAAACUUCUUAUUGCCUUAAGAAUCCAAUAUCAUAGUGUGUUUUUUAAAUGUAAUAACUGGUUAAUGUUAAAAAAAAAGGCAAGAUGAAUGAAAUUAAGACUUAUUAAAAGUUAAAAUAGCAUGCUGAUAAAGCUGUAAGAACAAUUAAGAUCCAGAAAGACCGAGAAAAAUGAAUGUAGUAACUGUUUAUAAAAGCAAUUAGCUGAAAUGGUCCUAUCCAUAGACUUAUUGGAGAAGGGAAGUGGGCUGAAAUUUUAAAGACCUGAUGGCAGUUUUGCUUUAGAAUUUUA